CACUCCAUCACGAUGGUUAAAUCCAGAGCCCGUGGUUUUUUCUAAUUUUUGUGGCUCAUUAUUCUCUCGGGCGUGAGACAUUUUCAGCCAACAUUGCGGCUAACAAUUUAGACAGGGUUUGUGUUUGCGCGCGAACCGGCGCAGCUACGCUGGUUAAUAAGUAAUACUGAACGGUUGAUAAUCAGUGUUUAUUGGUUAUUUUUCCACUAUGCAAUAUAACUGCUUGCCUCUAAGCUACAAUGUGCACUUUGCGAUCGACAGUCUUCAGGAUGAAAAUUUUGAGGCCGGUUACUCUUUGGUGCAUCUGUUCUGCGAUUUUUCAGAUCAGUUAUUCAGUGGUUCAGUUUACCGAUAAUGACCAGUCACUAUCAGACCAUCGAAUUUCCCGCCGAAGUUUAAACAUGUAUGUGUACGCCAACGGUAACGGCCCCAUAUACCCUUCCAACAGCAAUCGCACUCUGAAUACUGGUUACGGAAGUUCAGUGACCGCCACCAGCUCCAACACGGGAUCGUCUGCUUCGGGAGCUCCUUAUGUUCCACCGUCUCCUUACUCUUCGGGCAUAGCUGCUUCCAGCGCGGGAACACCGUACCGGCCGCCGGUGUCGCCAUACUCUGGAUCGCCUUAUGGAUCCGGCAGCUUUAAUUCGCCGUCAUCUUUCGGUUACAAUAAUCCACAGCGAAUCGGUAAUUACGCGGACGAUGACAGCGAUUCUUACGCCGGCAGUGCUGUAUCCCAAGGCUUAAGGUCAGGCGGAUACUCUAGACCUUCCGCACCGUAUAACACUGCAGGAUCGGCGUCCUUUUCUGGCAAUACUGGAUAUACCGGCUCCAGGUACCCGUCACCCGUAAACUCUGGCUUCGGCUACAGCGGAAGCUUCGGCAGCACAUCCUAUAAUUCGGCUUCCCUUUCCAACCGGUACACUACCAGUACCGGUUACGGUUCCAGCACAGAAUGCAGUUGCCCUCGUGAUACUUACGCAUACGAUAUCGUUUAUGAAGGCAAUGCGUGCAAUACAGAUCCUACACAACCGUACUACUGCACUAACGCGCAGUGCGAUGCGUUGGAAGACGCUGGUUAUGCAGUCUACGCUCCCGAACAGGUGUCAGUGCCGAUUUGUGCACUGGGGCAAGCAGGCUACGAAGUUUUAGAUUUUGCGGUGUGCUUCAAACCCACCAAUGACGUUAAAGACUGGCCACUAAAUCCUUUGACCGGCUACACUUGCGGUUACGAGAUACAAUGUUCGCCACCACUCCAGAAUUCAGCUAGUCCUACGCCAGACGAGUGCCUGAAAGUGGAUUCUUUAAACUACAUAGUGGAGACAACGGGAAAAACGGGCUGCGAUGCGUACAAAGCCUGUAACACCAACUACAGAUGCAAUGUCGGUUAUGUGUGCAGGAAAGCCGCGGCAGGAGGAAGUCCAGCUGAAUUGGAAGUUCUGGCCGAAAGUAAAGACAUCCAGCUGACGUUAUCCACGGAUUGUACUGGUUGUCAUUACUGCCCGGAAUCCAAGGACUCGUGUCUGGCAAAAAAGUAUAAUUUUUUGAAUUCGACCUACGGCGCCAGUGGAUAUAACUCGCAGAAUACCAACUACAACGGAGGUUUGUAUGGAAACAGUGGCGCCGGCUACAGUUCCCAAAGCAUUAAUUAUAACGCAGGAUUAUCGGGAAGUAGCGGCUACAAUACCCAAAACACUAAUUAUAAUGGACGAUUAUAUGGAAGUAGUGGGACGCCUUACCAGAACAAUAAUUAUUUUGGAUAGUAUGGUUCAAGUCCGUGCUUGCGCCCUGGUUAAUCUAACUUUAUUAACUGUAACAUACUAGUUCGUAAUUUAUCUCCUGUUAAUUGCAGUCUGCUGCUUACAUCCGUCCACGCACGGCAUGCGUAAAGUAGUGCAAAAACAGUAGUAACCCAGAUUUACUGGGAGUAAGUUCAACAAGCGGGACAUUACUUUCUGUUUCAAAAAAUUGUAAUUUAUUUAUGAUGUAUAAACAAUUACAACAUUUCGAAGAUUUUGUAGUCUUCUGAGCCACUCAUUUCUUGUUAAUGCGACAUCUGAUACAGUACAAUGAAAUGCUUCGUAGUGUGUUCCCACGCUAUGUCUCAAGUCUCAUGUGCUAACAAGCAAUGUUUUUCAUUUUAUGUCUUUCACUUUUCUACCGUCUCAGUAAGUAGAUACUGUGCUGCCAUUCUUUUAUGCACUUGUGAUAUUACUCCUAUAACAACAAAA